UUCUCCCCUAGUAUUUUGUUUGGUUUUAAUUGAAUUGUUUUUUAUAAAGAGAAGAGAAGAUGUCUAGUUACGUUGGUGUUCUUGUCUCUGAUCCAUGGCUACAAAGCCAAUUCACACAAGUGGAGUUACGCAACCUUAAAUCCAAGUUUGUUUCGACAAAAACUCGUUCUGGCCGCGUAACUGUGAAAGAUUUGCCCCCAUUUCUAGCAAACUUGAAAGAUUUCAGUGGUACUUUUGUUGAAAAUGAGAUCAAAACUAUAUUGGAUGAGUCUUAUCCCAAUCGUCAUGAGGAAGUUGAAUUCGAAACCUUUCUCCUGGCCUUUUUAGCUGUGCAAUCCCGGAAAGGAGGAUCAAAAGGUGCUACAUCGUUUCUUAAGACAAGUACUACAACAUUUCACCGCGCGAUCAGUGAAUCCGAAAAAGCUUCCUAUAUCUCCCAUAUAAAUAAUUAUUUGAGAGAAGACCCUCUCUGGAACAGCUAUAUUCCAAUCAAUCCUGCUACUGAUGCCUUGUUUGAUAUUGUUAAAGAUGGUGUUAUUUUGUGUAAGCUUAUAAAUGCAGCAGUGCCUGGCACGAUAGAUGAAAGAGCGAUCAAUAUGAAGAAAGAACUUAAUCCAUGGGAGAGAACUGAGAACCUUUCACUCUGUCUCAAUUCUGCAAAGGCAAUUGGCUGCACCGUCGUUAACAUUGGAACUCAGGACAUUGCUGAAGGAACACCGCAUCUCGUGCUUGGGCUGAUAUUUCAGAUCAUAAAGAUACAAUUGUUGUCUGAUCUCAAUCUUAAGAAAACUCCACAACUUGUUGAGUUGGCGGAAGAUAAUCAGGACGUGGAGGAGCUUGUGGGACUAGCUCCUGAAAAGAUUUUGCUGAAAUGGAUGAAUUUCCAUCUUAAGAAAGCUGGUUACGAGAAACAAGUAACCAACUUCUCUUCUGAUAUUAAGGAUGGAGAGGCAUAUGCAUAUUUGCUAAAUGCUCUUGCCCCUGAACACAGUACACAUGUGACAUUAGAGACCAAAGACCCUUCAGAGAGAGCAAAGAAAGUCCUUGAACAAGCAGAGAAGCUAGACUGUAAAAGAUACCUUUCUCCUGAAGAUAUAGUCGAAGGCUCUGCAAAUCUUAAUCUUGCCUUUGUGGCGCAACUGUUUCAGCACAGGAACGGAUUGUCUGAAGAGAGUUCGAAUCCACCUGUCUCUUUUGCUGAAAUGAUCACAGAAGAUGAUGAAACUUCUCAAGAAGAAAGAUGCUUUCGCCUCUGGCUUAACAGUCUUGGUGCUGCUACUUAUGUCGAUAAUGUUUUUGAGGAUGUUAGAAAUGGAUGGGUUCUUCUUGAAGUUCUUGACAAAGUAUCACCAAGCUCGGUCAACUGGAAACAUGCGAACAAACCUCCGAUCGAAAUACUAUUCAAAAAGGUUGAGAAUUGCAACCAAGUGAUCAAGAUUGGUAAAGAACUGCGUCUUUCGCUUGUUAAUGUAGCUGGUAAUGAUAUUGUGCAAGGAAAUAAGAAGUUCAUUUUAGCUUUCUUGUGGCAGUUGAUGAGAUACACAAUGCUCCAAACUCUGAAUAGCUUGAAAUCUCACUGGCAAGGUAAAGAAAUUACAGAAACAGAUAUUCUAAACUGGGCAAACAGAAAAGUCAAGAAAAUGGGUCGAACCUCUCAAGCUGUGAGCUUCAAGGACAAGAAUCUGUCUAAUGGAAUAUUCUUUUUGGAGCUUUUGAGCGCUGUAGAGCCAAGAGUUGUAGACUGGGGUCUUGUAACUAAAGGAAGAACAGAAGAGGAAAAGAUGUUGAACGCAACAUACAUCAUCAGUGUUGCAAGGAAGCUCGGAUGCUCAAUUUUUCUGUUACCUGAAGAUAUAAUAGAGGUAUACCAGAAAAUGAUGCUUAUAUUGGCUGCUAGCAUCAUGAACUGGAGCCUCCAGCAACAAUCCGACACUGAGUCGUGGGUCUCUGAUGAUUGUGACGUAAGCUCUCUGACAGAAGAAAUCUCCAUUUUGUCCAUAGACGAUGGCUCUUCAGAUGCCCAAAAUGAUGAAGAUGUAAAAUAACUUUCAACUUUAUUGCUAUCAUAUCAAAAGAGUAAAAAGAAAAGAAAACAGAAUGUAGCUCUAAAUGUAUAUUUGAUUUUGUGGAAAGACAUUGUCAUUUGAAGACUUUUGGUCA